CGUACACCCCCGCGUUUCUGUGUUCCCCACCUCGCCCGUGUGCCUGUGACCCCCAAGUCUCCCUGUCCCUGCCCAGGGUGUCCGUGUCCUCUGUGCCCCUCGGGUCGCACGGCACGGUUCGGUCCCCUCCCCGCGGGCUGCUUUGGGGUGUCGCCGCUGUCCGGGUGGGGCUGUCGGCGUGUCCCCCCUCCCCAGCCAUGGCCGGGUGUCCGGCCCGGCCCCACGCGUGCCCCGCGGGUGGGCGCAGUGACCGCAGCAACAUGGAGGCUCUGGGAGACGCUGAAACCCCCACCUCGGACACCCCCACCGCGAGCACCCCCACCCCCGGCACCCCCACCUCGGACACCCCCACCCCCGGCACACCCACGCGCGGUAGCCCCACCCCCGGCACCCCCACCCCCGGCACCCCCACCCGCGGUAGCCCCACUCCGGACACCCCCUCUGACCCCGCCGCGGGGUCGGGGGAGAGCAGCGGGGAGGCGACGGCUCCCCGGGGUGGGGAGGAAGCUCGGGAAGCGGGGGGCGAUGCGGGGGACAUGGGGGGUGAAGGGAAGAACACUGGGGGUGAAGGGGAGGAUACGGGGGGCUCAGGGGAGUGCGCAGGGGGAGAGGCUGCCGGGGAUGGCGGGGCAGAAGCACCCAGGGGUGCCGGGGGCGAUGCCGGGGAGGCCGAGGAUGGUGGAGAUGCCGAGCCAGGGACAGCCGGGGGCACCGGAGCGGGUACCGAGGAGGGUACCGAGGGAAAAGCGGCGCCGGCAACAACUGGCAACACCCGGCGUCAAAAGGAACCCACUUGGCUUCAGGACGAGGACGACGAGCUGUGGCCCGAGUUCCCUCCCUGCUCGUCCCCAGAGGGGGCCACUAGCCCCACGUCCCCUAUGUCCCCCACGUCCCCUACAUCCCCCACGUCCCCUACAUCCCCUACAUCCCCCACGUCCCCUACAUCUCCCACGUCCCCUAUGUCCCCAGCGUCCCCCACAGCUGGCACCACCGAGGACACGGGGGGCAGCAAGAGGGGUGCUCCAGCGGGGGGGACACGGGAUAAGACAGCUCCUGGUUCGGCGGGACAGAGGCUGAGGCUGGAGGGGGCCGGGGGACGGCCACGAGUGGGGACCCGGGCGCAGGGGCGCAGCGCCAUCCUGGAGAAGUUCGGAGGGGCUGCCAAGGGCCCAGCCCCACACCUGCGGCGCUCAGGGGGGGCCGCCACGGUCAAGACGAUGCUGCUGGAGUGGUGCCGCGCCCGCACCCGUGGGUACCCGCACGUGGACGUGCAGAACUUCUCGGGGAGCUGGGGCAGCGGCCUGGCCUUCUGCGCCCUCCUGCACAGCUUCUUCCCCGACGCCUUCGACUUUGCCGCCCUGGAGCCCAACGCCCGCCGGGACAACUUCGCCCUGGCCUUCGCCACUGCCGAGGAGCGGGCGGGCUGUGCCCCCCUGCUGGAGGUGGAGGACAUGGUGCGGCUGCCGGUGCCCGACGCCAAGUGCGUGUACACGUACGUGCAGGAGCUGUACCGCUGCCUGGUGGCCAAGGGGCUCGUGAAGACCAAGAAGCGCUGAGAGGGUCCCUCACAGCCCCCCAGCGGUGCCAUCCCCCUCCUCGUCCCCUGCUCUGUCCCCCAGCAGUAAAGGCCGUGGUUCCAGGA